AUGGACUAUGACCCAUCCCAACAAUAUCGGGAACGUCACAACGCGUCAUGGGAUCGAAUAAGACAUGAGAACGCUUCAAGCGUCAGAUCAGAACCUGCCGAUCCAUCAUAUCAGUAUAAUAGUUUUGACGAUCAUUUUGAUUUCCAACCAACAUAUCAAGAGCAGGUAGUAGUGAAUAACAACAAUUAUAAUGCACAGCAGGAUCAGCAGCAGCAGCUACUCGAUUUAGAUUAUAUUCCAAUUGAUCCCAAUCAAGAGAUAAUUGAUCAUAACGUUCAAAUUCAUCCGAAUCAGAGCUAUCAAAGCGUUCAACCUAUAGAACAAGUGGUUCAAUAUGAAACUGUGCCAGAAUUUGAAGAGGAAUCAGAAGAAGAAGAGGAAGAUCUCACAGAUUCCUCUGAAUCUUCUGAUUCAGAUUCCGACGAUGAAAUCGAUCGUCCCGAUAUUUAUUGCAUGGAUUGUCACUCGAAAAUCGAGGACACGAAUCGACAUGACCUGGACACUUGCCAGCGAUCGAAGCCACCGAAAUUCCAGUGUAGUUUGUGUGAUCUAGAGUUCAAUUUUGAGAAGAACCUGCGAGUUCACAAGAUUCUGGAACAUUCCGACUCGACGAGUUUCGAAUCGGGAACAGUUUGUCCAUUCUGUAAAACGGACCCUAAACAGACGAAUCCCACCAAAUUCUCUCGAUUUUCGGCCUACAUUGGACAUCUGAAAAUCCACGUCGAGGCUGAUCAUUUGGCUUGUGCAGAGUGUGGUCUAGAGUUUGAUAACGAGCGAGAACGCAAUCUUCAUAUCCGUCGUGAUCAUUCAGAAGAGGUUUACGAGCUCUCGUUUUGUCCCAAAUGUCAAAAAGUGAUUCCGUUGGAGGAGACUGUGGCACAUAGUUUGUUGCACAGUUCAGAAAAGUUCGUUUUAGUGAGAAUUCGAGAAAGGGCGGAGCUUAAAUUCUUAAAGGAGCAUAGAAAUAAGAGGAACACAAAGGCAUCUCAAAAAUCCGCUCCUCCUUCUGCGAAAAACCCGAAAAAUCUCUUGUCAAAAUUACAAACGAAGUCGUCGCCAGCUGGAAAGAAAAGGAAACCAGCAGUCAGAGAGAGGAAAUUCAAGUGCGAUGAAUGUGAAAAGGCAUUUGUGAGGCCGGCGGAGCUCGCCCGGCACACAAUGAUACAUAUUAGAAAUUAUGCCGCCCAGAUUCCAGUCACCCCUGAAACUCCAGCGAUUCCUAAAUGGAAAUGCGCGAUUUGUUUCAAAGAAUACGCGCAUCGAACAGGGCUCGCCGAGCACAGCAGAAACGUUCAUGGCAAUCCGAAACAGUACAUCUGUCAAAUUUGUGGCACUUCAUUCACCAAGAAAUCCAACCAUGAUCGUCACAUGCUCUCUAUCCAUCCGCUGGAUCAAGAUCCCAAGGAUCAGAGUAAAUAUCAGUGUCCAGACUGUCCGACAGUGUUCAACACGAAAGGAUCGCUAACUAGACACAAACGAUCGGCACAUAAUAAUACGUCUUAUUUGCGGCCAGGCAUGAUUGCUCCGAUUUGCGAACGACACAUUUGCAAGGCGUGUCGACGAGAGUACACUAGCAAGAAAUCGCUGGAGAUGCACAUGAGAACGCACUUGGCAUCUGAAUACAGAUGGAGAGAUUUGCAAGGUGGCGGAGAGAGAAAAUGUGAUUUUUGUGAGAAAAGUUUUGUGCUCCGAGCCUCGCUGAUAUGGCACAUGCAGAAACAUUAUGAGGAGCAAGAGAACGAAGAGGAUGGAGAUUCGGAUCAACAGCCGUAUUGUGCACUUUGUGAUUUGAAUUUCCCUAAUCCUCAAGAAUUGAGACAGCAUCAAGAUGAACAGCAUUCGGUUAUUUGUGGUGUUUGUCAUCAGAAAUUCUCGUCUCGACAAGUAUAUGAAGAUCACAUUUGCAAUCGGCGAUUCUCCAAAAAUCAAAUGCUUCCAUCGAAUCGCGUUGUAAUCUGCCGCCAAUGUCGUCCACCCCAACGGCUUACCACCGCUCGUCAGAUCAAAGAACAUCGUGCUCAACAUCUUCCACGCAAGACUCAUCUCUGUUGGACGUGCCAUAAAUCGUUUAGGACCGCCCAACUCCUCUCCAUGCACGCGGAAGAAGUACACGAUCGUCAACCAGUACAAUGUGCCCAUUGUCCCCAAGUCUUUCAUAGCCGAGUAGCUCUAAAACAACACACCCGAACGUGCCACGGAGGAGACAUCAACUAUCAAUGCGUCGUUCAUGUCGACCGAUCGAUGGCAAUGUCUGCUCAAUCAUUCGCAGAGUACGGUAUCGCCGGCGAGCAUCCCGAUGAGCAUGCGAAUCGGGCACAUUCGGUUACCGAAUGGAUGGAUCCGGAAGAAGAGAAUGAGCAAGAGAUGCAAUAUGCUCCAAUGGUUCCAGCGGUGAGCAAUCAAAAUUCCAAUCAUCAGGGAAGAGGAACAGUGGUUGGAGACUCACCGAUUCGAUGUGAAGUGUGUCAUCAUUUAUACGAUAAUUUGGAUUUGUUGUGUGAACAUUGGCAUGGCUCCGAAACGGACUCAGACCAUGCCUACCGUAUCGUCAAUUGUCCAUUAUGUGAUAAUCGAUCCACUGGAACCGCCGAAGCCGCUAACCAUCUUCGCAACGCCCAUCUUUUCUCUCGUCCCCGGAUUCUCCCGAUUCAGGCUCAACCAUCAUCCGAUUCUCUGGCCCUUGCAUUGGUACCAACUGCAAACACCAUCCAGCAACCAGUAGCCACUAAAAAAGGACAUCAAUGCACAGUUUGCUCAAAGAUCCUGACCCGGAAAAACGAUUUGGAUCGGCAUAUGAAAAUCCAUACUGGAAAAAAAGAUUUCAUUUGCCCGGAAUGUGGAAAAGGGUUCCGAUUGAAGAGCACACUGAAAAAUCACAUGGCAACACAUUCGGACGAACCACCUCAGAUCCAGUGUACCGUGUGCCAGAAGGAGUUCUUUGAGAAGAAGACGUUGGUGAUUCAUAUGAGAAUUCACACUGGAGAGCAGCCAUUCAAGUGUCGAUUUUGCGAUUUGCAUUUUCGAACAACUUCAAUGCAGAAAACCCACGAGAAAAAAUGUGCAUAUGGCGGUCCGAACCGCCCGAUUCUUCCGGAUCCUUCAGCUCGUGCCACAUCAUCGUUCCAGCCGCAAUUCGAUGUUCCGCAAGAUGAUGUGAACCGGACGAUCACUCAAAUUUCAACGCUACCCGAUCAGCAGCUGAGGCUGUCUAAGAAUUCGGCAUUCGCGGCAAUUGAUGAGAUGGAUCAAGUGGCGACUUCUGGUGACUCGAGCAUCUAUAUCAUAACCAAACCAAUCACUCCUCUACAGUAUGUUGUGAUUGUGCAGAAGGCAAGGCCUCAAGAGGGAACUGUCAGGGACACGGUCGACACAGUGAGCGAAGUCCGAAUCCAUCAACUCCAGGAAUCCACGAAUCUCACGAUUGUCCUUCACGGCGACAUGCGUCUCAGUCUGAACACAGUCAAAAUGUUGGAAAUGAUACAGGCGAUUCGCCACGACGACGUCUACAAAUAUCGUGUUGCCGUUGGAGAAGACUUUCAAUAUAUGGAUAUUGAUCAGUUGUUUGCGAUCUUUGCACACAACAAAACGACGUCUGGAGUCUCGAGUUUCAUCAGAAGAUGUGAGAUUUGUGAGGUGGAUUUGUUGACUAAGCGGGCGAGCGAUGCGCAUUUCUAUUCGGAAGAUCAUGAGACGGCACAGGUAAUACAGUUGAAGGAAGCUACAGUAACCCUAAAUAAUUAUUUUCAGUUAAUGUCGAGAAACCAAAUUCCCGCUGUUUCUGUCGAUCGAAACCUUGGAAUGCCCAAUAUGGCUGCCGCGCCAGGACCAUCCGACUUGAACUGCAAGCUAUGUGGAUCUAGAUUCUUGGAUAUGAAUUCUCUGCUCAAUCAUAUCCGAAGUGAGCAUGACGAGCCGCCAGUCAUCAUGCCGCCAAGACCAGUCGCUCAUACUGCACCGAUUAAUUGA